UCUUGACGUCCAUCCUCCCCCGCGCAGGGGCAGCCGGCCUAACCCGAGGACCGACUGCUGCAGACCGCCGGGGGGCGGGGGAUGCCGGGCUGCCGCAUUGGCGCCUGCGGCCCGGGGGCCCGGGAAGGGGCAGCGGAACCGGGGUCGCCGCCGCCGCCGCCCCGGGAGCCCCUGCCAUCCCCUCAGCCCCCGCCCCCAACUCCGACCUUGACCCCGGCACCGACUCAGGCCUCGUCGCUGCCAGAGGCGACCCCGGCGUCGGAGGGCUUGACCGAGGGGCAGGAGGUGCAGCGCUGGCGUCAGGGCGCUGACGGGGGUGCGGGGGCCACCGGGCCGGCAGGGGGCGCGGGCGGCGGUCCGGGUGCGGCGGGGUCCGGGGGGCGCGCCCUGGAGCUGGCCGAAGCGCGGCGGCGACUGCUGGAGGUGGAGGGCCGCCGGCGCCUGGUGUCGGAGCUGGAGAGCCGCGUGCUUCAGCUGCACCGCGUCUUCCUGGCGGCCGAGCUGCGCCUGGCGCACCGGGCCGAAAGCCUGAGCCGCCUGGGCGGUGGCGUGGCGCAGUCCGAGCUCUACCUGGCGGCGCACGGGUCGCGUCUCAAGAAGGGCCCGCGCCGGGGCCGCCGCGGCCGCCCGCCCGCGCUGCUCGCCUCGGCGCUGGGUCUGGGUAGCUGCGUGCCCUGGGGCGCCGGACGCCUGCGGCGGGGCCGCGGCCCGGAGCCGGAUUCGCCCUUCCGCCGAAGCCCGCCCCGCGGCCCCGCCUCGCCCCAGCGCUGACCUCAGCGCCGCGACCCCUGGCCACCCGACAGGCCGUUGCCGAGGCGCGCGAUGGAGGACUGCGGACCGCGUCCCUGACGCGGAUGGAUGGACUGGUCGGUCACAGGAAGAGACAGUCGGGCGGCCGGGGGACCAGUAAAGGAGGCUGAGCGUCUCCCAGCAACUCUAUGGAUCUGAACUCCUGGGAUUCUGUUCCUUCCCUGAGCACCUCCUCCAGGAAGACUUCUUCACUGGACCCUACGCAAGGCGGAGCCUCCGUACUUCACAAGGGCACUUGGUUUUACAGAGACGGGGCAGGAUUCUGGGGAAGUUCCUGUAUAUGCAUUUCUUUAUGUAUGCCACAUUUGACUUUGGCUUAUGUUGUACAAUUGGAAGUCCCUGAGAUGCAAUCAGAUUAUUUAAGCGUGUAAGCAAACCUUUCCAAUGUGAAAGUGAAAAGGAUUUCUUUAAAAAAUAGAGUCAUCACUCUUAAACAAGUCACAACACGGCUUGGUAGCUGCCCUCGCUUCUCAGUCUAACAACUUGGAGACCUGUUUGAGGGAAACCAGUUUGAGAAAUCCCUGUCGUCCUCAUUCACUGUUCUUGCCCUGUCCCUGUGGGAACAUGCCUGUGGCCCCUCAGAAACAGGAUCAGCUCUGGCUCCUGAGGGAACACACCUCUUUCUGAGAAAGAGGUAGUGGCUACAUAGUUCUAAGCAAAGUUUUAAAUGAGAAAAGGAACCACACUUAUUCAAAUGUCCUGGUAAUAGAGGGAAGAGGGUCACAUUUACUCACCCACAACCCAGAACUUAUAGAAUUCUGCGAAAUGAAUGUAUAUUGAGUCAGUCCCCUGAUUCAUACAUUCAGGAAGAAUAAAUUGCAAUGAUGUGAGACAA